UGGACUGACGACCCUUUCAAUCACUCACAAGAUUGUGUCCUCCAGCUCCGCCGUCGUGUCCGUCAAAACACACACACACACACACAUCCACAGACACACACACACACACACAUCCACAGCCACAGCAAUUAAAUAAAACCACACACAUGGAUGCAGUCAAUCACGCCGCCUCCCCCCUCCUCCCCCGACAGCCACACAAAACAUCAAAGGACACAAGUCAGCCAGCGCAGUACGCACACGCACCCGGACGGACACACACACACACACACCGAUGAUAAGCGCGCCUUUGCACCGCUAAGCGGACAGAUCUCUCGUCUGCCCCGAGCUAAGCUGCGUCUACGGACCACACACACACACACACACACGUGUCACAUCGGUCAGCCAUCCACACACGCGGCAUCGCGUCGCAGCAUCAGGUGCGUGUCUUGACGAGGGAGGUCUUCAUGUGAUGAAGGUUGGCCAGCGAUGCGGUCAGGAUCAGACGCGACACCCACUUGGGAAAGUCGCCUCGCAAAUCAGCCUGCAGUACUUAAUCCAAUCCACACAGACAGACAGACACUCAGACAGGCAAGGACCUAUACCCACCGAGUGCACCCCAUUCGCCCACUGACCUGCCAGACAAAGUAGAGCCUGCAAGAGCCGUCCUGCACCCGACGGCAGUCGAAGCCGCCGAUGUGGGCGUGCGCCCGAAUGCGGCCCGUGAGCAUGCCGACGGCGUGGCGCCAUUCGAUAGACCGAGAGACACACACACUGUGGUCGUCACUGAACUGAAUGCAUAACACAAGCCACACAACACACACACACAACAUCUUGCUGCUCUGCUCAUCAACCGCCCCGCCCAGCCGACCUGGUGUUGGCUCCCCGACAGGCAGAAGUCCCUCCCAGGAAUGCCGAAGCCGCCCCUGUAGGACUGGUAGUAGGCACAGACGCCGCAGCUGCCGUCCUCACGGUAGGUUCGGAGCCUGAACUGGGUCUCCAGCAGCGGAUUGUACUGCCUGGGGUCGGUGUGCGAGUAGAAGAAGUUGAUGACCUCUCGGGGGCUGAAGGACCCGCCGAUGUCGAUGUGGCCCAGCACGACGGGCGACUGGCCGGGCAGGUCCCUGAUGAAUUGCUGACAUACAUAUGGCCGAUAGACAGACAGACAGACAGAGAGACAGACAGAGGGAGGGGAGAGCAAACAAACAGGCAUGACAUGAGGCGUGUAGCGGGUUGAGUUGAGGCCGGGGUCUGCACAGACAUACCCUGACGCCGUGCUUCAUGCCCAGGCUCUUCCACCCGUCGGUCGAGUUGAUGAUGGCAUUCAGCUCGUGCGCUGCCUCCUCUCCCUACACACACAUAGGCACACUACAUUCAAUGGAUGGAUGUAUCCCCCUCCCCCUCCCCCUCCCGCACCGACCAGUGCCUGUAGGCGUUGGCCCAUGAGCAGCUCCUCAUCGGUCAGCCCCGGCAGCCACACCACUUCCCCGUCAGCCCCACCCGCCACAGACGGUACACAGGGGGGCGACAGCACACACGUCUGUCCAGGGCUUGUCGUCACCGAUGUCAGCAUGUCGCCGUCAUCGCACUCACUCGAAGUGUCACUGCCCUCCGUCGAUGGGGCGGCGUGUUUGUCGUCGUGACCACCCGCACCCUCCUUGUCGCUGUCAUCAUCGCUGGCCAGCUUCGGCAGCAGUGAGUGUGGCGUCGGUGGCACUCGGUAGGGGAGGGAGACGGGUGUGCUCGGGGGAGGCGGCACGAGGCACCUGGGCGACGGAUGGGAUGUCUGUUUCACACAUGCUCCUCGUCGCUUGCUCUUCCAGAAGCGAGGCAGCCACCACCAGCGGCGCCUCCGCUUUCCCUUUGCCACGGUGGCCGUCUUGUUCGGUGCUGGCGUUGAUGGCUCGUGUGACACGGUUGGCUGUGCCGACGUCGAUGCGUGUGCGAAUGGGCAGGCUGCUGUGUGGGGGAAGUCGGGGUAGCUUGCCGAUUGCUCAUCAGACGUGAUCAGCACCGGAGGGUUGGCGAAGGAGAGGGUGUACACUGCGCCAUCUGGGAGAGGCGGGAAGGACCUCGGCGGGUCGCAGUACAGGCAGCCCACGAUGCUGCAGGGCUGGUCUGCCGCCGAAGGACCCUCCUUUGCCGCCGACGCCACGCUGCUGAAGGGGUCUGCCUUGACGACAACGUCGCUCAGUGGCUGCGCUUGGCAGCAUUCGGUGGUGCUGGUAGGUGUGCAGGCGUGCAGGCAUCGCAGACUGAGCCUCAGGCCGCAGGCAUCGCCCGCCGCCUGCCGGAUGUAGGCCUCGAUGGCGUGAUCGAUCAGGUCGGGGGACAGCUGGCAGGGAGGAUCUUCCACCAGCGCCAUCGUCGUCAGCAGCACGGAAUGGGAAAACCGGAGUCUGCUGAGCCGUGGGGAUCA